GAGGGAGGAGGGACACUGCAGCAGCAGCGAUCCCGGGGCCGGGCACAGGCAGCCCCCGCCCGGAGCAUCGCUGGGCCGGGGGUCCCUCCCCACCCCGGGGCUUUACCCAUGACUGAUGCCGAGGAGCCGACCCGAGCCAUGGAUGUGACCCCCAACCCCGUCACCUUCUCUCAAGUUUUUGGGCAGCAGUGCCAGCUGAUGGAGGCAGCUGUGGAGUCGCUGCACUCCUUGAACGACCAGAUCUCCCAUUUUAUUGUGAACAAGUCAAAAACUCUGGAUGAAGACGAAGAUGCUUUUCUGCCCAGCGAGAAGGAAUCUCUGAAGAGUGCCAUGAUGCUGAUGAGGCACCUCUUAAUGGAUGCACAGCGCUGCUGCGAGAGGAGGUGGCCCAGCUGCAGGAGGAGGUGCACCUGCUCCGGCAAAUGAAGGAGAUGCUGACGAAGGAGCUGGAAGAGACACAUGGCAGCAAAUCCCCCGAGGUGCUGUCAGCCACUGAGCUCAAGGUGCAGCUGGCGCAGAAGGAGCAGGAGCUGGCACGAGCCAAGGAGGCUCUGCAGGCCAUGAAAGCCGACCGCAAGCGCUUGAAGGCAGAGAAGACAGACCUGGUGAGCCAAAUGCAGCAGCUCUAUGCCACGCUGGAGAGCCGCGAGGAGCAGCUCCGUGACUUCAUCCGCAACUACGAGCAGCACCGGAAGGAGAGCGAGGAUGCGGUGAAAGCCCUGGCCAAGGAGAAGGACCUGCUGGAACGGGAGAAGUGGGAGCUGCGGCGGCAAGCCAAAGAGGCCACCGACCACGCCAGCGCCCUGCGUUCCCAGCUUGACCUCAAAGACAACCGCAUGAAGGAGCUGGAGGCCGAGCUGGCCAUGGCCAAGCAAUCCCUUGCCACGCUGACCAAGGACGUCCCCAAGCGCCAUUCCUUGGCCAUGCCGGGCGAGACAGUGCUGAAUGGCAACCAGGAGUGGGUGCUGCAGGCUGACCUCCCACUCACUGCUGCCAUCAGGCAGAGCCAGCAGACCCUGUACCACUCCCACCCCACACACUCGGCUGACCGGCAAGCAGUCCGGGUGAGCCCCUGCCACUCCAGGCAGCCGUCCAUCAUCUCCGACGCGUCAGCAGCAGAAGGAGACCGAUCGUCUACGCCGAGCGACAUCAACUCGCCGCGACACCGGACGCAUUCGCUCUGCAACGGGGACAGCCCUGGACCGGUACAGAAGAACUUGCACAACCCCAUUGUACAGUCUCUGGAAGACCUCGAGGACCAAAAACGGAAAAAGAAGAAGGAGAAGAUGGGUUUUGGCUCCAUCUCACGGGUGUUCGCUCGGGGCAAGCAACGCAAAUCCCUCGACCCAGGGCUAUUUGAUGGCACGGCCCCCGACUACUACAUCGAGGAGGACGCGGACUGGUGACCCCUGGCCCCCAACAAUGUACAGCCCCCACAUGUGCAUACCCAGUCGCAACGUAAUUUUAUCCCCUCCCUCCCCAAAUCUAUUCUGGCUUUUUUUAAGCAUUCCAGUAACUUCCUUUGUUGUCACCUCUUUUAUUUUGUGUUGGUUUGGGUUGUUUUUUUAUUUGUCUUUGUGUCUUUUGGGGGAUUUUCAUUUUGUUUUGUUUUGUUUUGUUUUUAAUUAAUUCCCCAAAUUUCCUCCUUUGUGUUUUUUUUUCGACAAAACUUGAAACUUGAAGGACUGCUGUGUGUCUGUAAAUAAGGGGAAUCUCGUGCACUUUGUGCUUGUGACGUCUCUUGUCCGAAAACGCUGUUUUUCUGGAGCCUGUCCUGCAAAGUGGGGACCCUACUUGGAGAAAAGUGGGACCCCAACAUCUCCGGAGACCUUAAGAAAGAGAUGAAAACAAAACCAAGACAUGAAACCCACCCAGACUGCAUUCAGCUGAGGAGGUGGCAGCACGCGGGCUCGUCAUAACGCCUUCUGGAAUCUGUGUUUUUUUUCCCCCUUUCCCUUUGUGUCGUUUUAAUUUAUUUUGCACAAAACCCAGAGAGGAGCUAUUCUAACUAAAUUAUUGCAGUAAUGUUGAGGGUGGGGUUGUUUUUUUUUUAUAUAUAUUUUUUUCCAUGUCGCUGGGGUUGGGGAAGAGGAAAAAGGAUGGGGAAUGGGGACGGCGUGGGAGCACUUAAAGCCUUGGAAAAGCCCAGCGACCUCAGAGCUUCCCAAUGUGAAUUUGGGGUGCUCGCCCUUUGCUGGCAUUAAAAUGGGGACCCUGGGGGCCAGGGGGAAAGCAACAUCCCUAUAAAGCAGUGCCAAUAUUAGGGGGGGGGAGGGAGGGAUGCUUGGAAACCGCGCUCCGCUUUGAACGACGAGCUCGCAAACCUGUAUUGCUUUAACGCUCAGCGGUAUCAUUGGAAGCUCUUAAAAGAAAAAGUUAUGAAGAUUUAUUUAAUAGUGCUAUAAUAAGUGUCUUAUUUUUCUGAAUUCCAAGACUCGUACCCUGUUUGAAUGGGGAAAUAUUUUGUCUUAAAGGGCAGAAAAUUCACUCCCGCGCUCUGCGUUCCCCAUAUGGUGAUGCUAUGGGGAGGGCCGGGGUGGAAAAGCAGAACUUUUCUGCAGAAAAGCUGGUUUUUUUUGGUGGUGUUUUUUGUUUUAAUACAUUGACAUUCGUUGUGUUUUUA